AUGGCGCCCCCAGAUAUUGAAAUCCACCACCGCUCCCAGAGCAUCUCAAGUGGUGGCUUGAUGUCACCACCGCUCUUGGUGACCCCUGAACCCGAAUACAUUGCUGCUGCAGCAGGUUCUCAAAUUGUCACCAACGAUCGCGAGAGCCAGGCUGAGACUUGGUAUGAUCAAAAUGGAAUCCAGCCAUCAGGAGAAGGUGCACGAGUCUCGCAGCCAGCUCUGAGAUUGGUAAAUCGCUUCCUCGACCAACUUCUAUUUAGCUUUCUCUCUGGCGCAAGAUCCAUCUCCCUUACAUCACUUCGACCAGCGGUUAGUGAGGUAUUGAAACCCAAACUCGCUCAUGGCGCCAUCAGCGGAGCAGACCAGGAAUUACACGAGUACUUGGGCGAUGGGGACGAUGCACAAAUCAUGGCCUACCACAACGACAAUGGGCUAGAUGCUGAUGGUGACUGGGAUUUGGAAUUGGUCUGGAAGCGCACGCGACUACGAUGUAUGGUUUAUUCUUCACUGGGCGACAUGGAAGAGGAGGAUGAAGAUAUCUACAUGCAGCAGGAACAUUUAGGAGCAGGAAGUAAUGGUCCCAACGCCGGUGAUGUUUCUCCAGCUGUUGCCAUUUUCCUCACAUCCAUCCUCGAAUUCAUUGGCGAACAGAUUUUGGUGGUAGCUGGUCAAGCAGCAUACCAACGCAUGAAGGCAAAAUAUGAAAAGGAGGCUAGAGAAGGCACAGGGGUUAUGACGGAGAUUGCAGACCGAAUUGUGGUCGAGGACAGCGACGUGGAGAAAGUGGCACUCGAUAGAACAUUGGGUCGGUUAUGGAGAAGCUACAAGAAGCGUGUUCGAUCACCGACCCCCUCAGGGUCGCUUAACCGUUCAUUCUCGCAAGAGUCGCUACAGACACAGCUAGCUAGGCAGGCAAACAACCUCUCUCCAGAAGACGAAACAGAUGAACCCGUUCGUAGACCCUCGCUAGCAGCUGUUUUGGAGUACGAGUACGCAGCCGCAAUCCCGCUCCCGACGACGAACGACGAUGUUAGAGAGAUCGAAAUACCAGGUCUUGCAGAGGAAAUUGAGGACGAUUCAGUGAGUGAUGCAUCAACCACUGAAGAGGAGACUUUAAAACCACGACCAAAGAGUAUGCUAUUCUUUGGCGAAUUUCCCCUCACGCCAACCUCCGACGGAGAGGCCGUAGACUCACUACCGGUAUCCAGAAAGAGAUCUCACUCGUUGCCAACUCCAAAUCUCUCUCCAUACGGUCCUUCUAAACGAUUGAAGUCCAAGGAUAGUGAGGGUUCCGCUGGAGGAGAAGCCAAGAAAUCAAAGAGAAAAGACGAGAGUGCUACGACUGGAGUUGUCGCAGGUGUAGUUGCUGCGGGUGCCGCCGCAGCGGCUGGAAUAGUUUCUGUGGUUCAAGGAAAGGCACCUCAGACCGAGAUUGACACCAAGUCCGAGAUAGAUUCGGAUGACGAAGAACCAGAGGAGGCGGUAAUCCUUACAGCUCGCAUGUCCGUUGGGGGCGGUUCUCCUAGCGAUCCAGUGGGUCUCUCCAGAGGCUCUAGUAUUCGAUCACGUAGUGGCCAUUCAUCUGUGCGUGUAAUCGAAGUCUCUAGGACCCCUUCCUUAUCACGAAGAUGCUCUGUUCAGGGCGAUCGUAUUGGUUCACGGCCUACUAGCAUCAACGUACCUGUAAGCGCUGGCACACAAUCACCAAGAGUUGCGAGUCCGAUGACACGUGGUGGUUCAAACCGUAGCUCGCUUGAUCGCAAAUCUUCAAUAGGAAAUGCUCAUAGUAGUGAAGAAUCUAUCAUCGAAGAGAAGGAAGCAUACGAGUCUGAGGGGGACCUUGACACCUCGAUACCAGCAGAACUCGCCGCAGCUAUGCAAGGAGUCGACGUUGGCUUUAGCCCAUCUCAUCAACAACCAAAUCCACUUAUGCAGCAUCCUAUUAAGGAACCUGCUCCGUUCAAAUUAUCUGCAGCUCCUGUACCACGCAAGGCUGUUGCGAGAUCUCCAACCAAAGACCAAAUCAGUGGAAGUUUGCAACUCAAUUCGAACCAAUACGGCUUUGGGGUGCCUUCCUUGACCCCACUACGUGAGAUGAUGGAAGGCGCUCCCGACACUUCGGACGAGGCGAGCUCUAUGGCCCCAAGUUAUGAUACGUUUAGCAUCAGAACCAGUCACCAACCUUCGUCUCUGAACCCCGCGAACCGAAUUGUAGAGUCAGAAAAGCCUCUUCGUGCACUUAACACAAACAUUCCUCGAGCUCCCUCGACUUACUCCGCGGAAGUAAGUAGAAAGAGAUCAGCCUCGGUUCAAAAAUCUCCACAUCAUUCGGCUUCCGGUUCUGAUGCGGCGAGUCACAAAUACCUAGCAAGACGAACUUCAGAGGAAGGAUCCAUUGCCGAGAGCAAAGGACAGAGUUUUGACGAACUCAUCAGAAGUGAUACUACUAUCCAGUACACUCUGACACCGGAGAACGUGCGUAGCAUCGAGGCAAGUAAUUCCAAAAGAAGAUUUAAAGGCAGCUACUAAUAAUAAUAAAACAGUCACCUGAUAGUCCUCAUGGCAACGGUUCAAUCAAGGGAAAUGCGCAAGAAAGCACUCGACCAGAAACAAGCCGAUCUGGCUCUUCGGUAAACAAAUACAUGGCAGCACUUCGAUCUAACCCAGUUGAGGGUAACCGCGUUGUCAACAAAUCCGCGUCAGUAGCCAACAUCGGAUCGAAGUUACGCCCCAAUGCCCCACAACCAAGAGACGCCAGAACAGUCGACCGUGACUCGAUUGGAGACUUUGCUGAAUUCAUUAGAAGUACUGGACCUGCAAAUUCUUACGAGCAGGCUCCCCGUGUUUUACAUAGUCACCGUGGAGCGAACGGCACUCCUAGAAACUACAGUGGAGCAGUCUCUCGUACUACCACCCCAGCCAAUCUUCCACGCCGCGCAGAAUCGUCUGCAGGUCGAUUGAAGUUGCAAGCCAGAGACGCAGCUGUACCUCGUGGAGACAGCAUCAGUGACUUGAUCGAUUUCGUCAGAGCGGGGCCACAAGUCGAUUUACAGGGCGGACAUAGAAUUCCCCGAACUGUAGCACCAUUCCGUACUACCAUGGAUUCAGACCAGAUGGUAUUGGCUGCUGGUGGAAAGGCAAUUGACGCCAAUCUCGCUGAACCACGUUCUAGCCAAGCAUCGAACUCGGUACAAAGCUCUGUUACGUCGCAGUCCGGACUAUUGAAGAAUGCGGCUAUGAACAAGCCUUUGCCUGCUACACACCACAAUGACUUCGAUGAACCAGACAUGAUGCCGAAACGAAAGACCCGACGCGUUCGAGAUCCAUACGCUAUCGAGUACUCUGAUGAAGAGGAGGAGGAUUACAACCCUACUCCAAAGCCCACAAUGAAAGAAGAGAGUCUUGCAGAUUUCCUUCGAAAUGUUCCCCCACCACCCUCUCCCCCUCAGGUAGCCACUAGCUCCGUUUUCGAUUCUGUACCCGAGCCUCCAAGAAAGGAUAUCAAGAAGAAGUCGAGCACUACUGCUUUGAUUUCUCGCUUUGGUCGACGUAAUACCGAUGCACCUCCAGUUCCCAAGCCCAAAAUCUCCUCUAGUCCCCCGCAAGUACUUCAAAAACCAAGAACAGCAAAUGGAGCGGUUCAAAAGCCCAAGACCUCCUCCGGACCAGAAUCACGCUCGACUUCCAAACAUGGUGUAAACACAAAUGCACCCGUUAUUCCUAACCUUCCUACACCUUCGGAGGGAGAUAACCACGCCUCGCAAGCCGAUUCAUCUCGCACCAGAGUACCAAAAAAGACAUAUCAACCACGAGACGCAGUCGCCAUGCCAAUGGGUAGAAGCACCGAUCUCGCCGACUUCCUCAUGAGCCAUGAACCCCCUCCACGCGCUGCGACACAGCCACUCAUCUUGACCUCGCCUACCCUAACCUCACCGAAGGAAGAGAGUAGCACUUUCCAACGCAUGUUCGGCCGAAAAAAGGUUCACUGA